AUGGCUCAUUACAAAGCCGCCGACUCGAAGCGCAAGCAGUUCCGGAGGUACUUGGAGAAGUCGGGGGUGCUGGACACGUUGACCAAGGUAUUGGUAGCCCUAUAUGAAGAACCAGAAAAACCUAACAGUGCUUUGGAUUUUUUAAAGCAUCACUUAGGAGCUGCUACGCCAGAAAAUCCAGAAAUAGAACUGCUUCGCCUAGAAUUGGCAGAAAUGAAAGAGAAAUAUGAAGCUAUUGUAGAAGAAAAUAAAAACCUGAAAACAAAGCUUUCUCAGUAUGAACCACCUCAGGAGGAGAAGCGUGCUGAAUAGGAUUCUUCUCAGUUGAAAAGACACUGAAAAUGGUUUUGUAUGACUUGAAUAGUUUGUAUAGUAUAUAAUCUUUUCUGAACAGAUGCUAUAGAACUCUUUUAAUAUGUUAAAUUCACUUAUCAUACUCUAAUUGUUAUAAACACAUAGAAUCACCAAUAAAAACUCAAUAUAACUUUCUUUGGGUCUUAAAGCAGGAGAAUCUAAAGUAAAUCCUGAAAAAAAUCUAAACAGCCAUCUAAAUAGUUCUCAUUACCUUAAAAGAUGUCUGAUUAGUAAUGAUGGUACUGGUUAUAUUUUAGCCAAGGAAGUUUAGCAUGGAGCUAUUCCUUGGUUUAGUACAGAAAAUGAGCACAGGUACGGUCAUUCUUUAAAAUUAAGA